AUGACGUGGAGUAAUCUGCAAAAUGCUACUACAGAUUCGUUAGGCUAUCCAGAUCCACGCUACUCGACAUCUCGGAGCUUGACAGCGUUCUCGUGCACCGGAGGUGCCCGCAAUUGCCCAGACGACGGUCAAUAUGCUUCUGCUGGAGGCAACCUCACCUUAACUAUCGUGGAAAUGCGUAACUUGCCUGAUCUCGACAGCUUCGGACUAGCGGGUCUCGAGACGGACGCCUACGUUGAAGCUCUUAUCGGAGACAAUCUCCGCACCUCGGGUGUCGUAUGGAACUCUCUCAACCCCAUCUGGCUGCCUUGUGCUGAGCCUGGUUGCACCGGGGAUGGCGACGUCGUACGGGACCUGAAUUUCGGAUUUCGACCUGCCGGGACGGAGAUUGUUGUUCGCGUUUGGGAUAAAGACAGCGGCCUUGAGUUCGGCGACGAUCUCGUCGCUCAAGUUACGCUCAAUGCUAUUUACUGCUCAGCUUUCUCCGCGAUAAAGCAAAAGUUGCCGUCGAAUGAUACGUCGACGUGGGCACUAGCCGAGCAACCGAUGUGUGUGGAAGAGCUCUGGGUCCCUUUGAGUGAAAGUGGAGACUGUACCGAUGCCAAGUCGUCAGCACCGUGUAUGCGUAUCCGCAUGACGGCCAUCCCGUUCCAGAUGCGAACAGAGGAAGUGUUCGUGCCAGGCGCCUUGAUCAAUGGAGGAAUGGGUGGCUUCUUUCCUGAUGAGCAGUCGUGGUUCUACGGUAGAGUCUAUUCGAGCUCGGAUACACGGUUAUUGAGUUAUUACCGAAUGGCGGACUCGCAAGGCGGCCUACUAAUCCGUUCAUUGAGUACUUCUAACAACCAUAAAGGCAACACGUCGUUGAUCAGUACGUACGGCUACGCCCCAUACGCACGCGUAACGUUUAACUUUGCAGCUCAACUCUUCGUGUUUCGGCGCGUGGACGACGCAGCUUCAUCGCCGGACUGGCUCAACAAAACGUUCGGCUGGAUCGAGACGCGUGAGUACGCUCAACUGAUGGACGUCGCCGGUGACUUUAAGGCUGUAGCGCAGAAUUUCACUCCACAUUCUGUCAACAAAUAUGGAGACGCUGAAGGCCGAGGAGUUAUCACGGGGGCCAAUGUGGCUCUCAAUUACACGGACACGACGCUGAGUAUGUACUUUAUUGUGGCUGUCCCGCACGAGUCCUUUGACGUCGUACCUGCCGUCUACUCGAAGGAGUUCUCGCGAGGGAUAUUCCUCGAGAUAACUGUCCAAUAUGGACCGACCUUCGCGUUUCUGAUGAUUCUCGUGGUGCGAUAUCUGCGACGUAUGCACUGGCGAAUUGAGCGUGUACAGUCAUUCCUGGCUGAGAAAACCAAAGCGAAGAAACCUGACAUUGUGGCUCAACUUUUCUUUUGCUACGGAGAUGGCGACAACAAUGCACAAUUUCGACGUAAUUUGUACUACGCGACCUGGGCUGUGAAGAUUGUGAUCUUCUCGCCCGUAUUGAUGCUGUUGUCAUGGGGAGUAACGUCUAUUGUACUCGUGACACCGCCAGCAUUCGGCUUUGGAAUUGUUUUUCUAGGCAUUGGAGCUUUAGGAGGAAUCUACGCUGCCUCUGUGUGGAUACGUACGGGCUGGCGAAUGACGGCCCGAACGUUGUAUCUCUUCGCUGUGGCAUUCCUCGGCGCGUUUGUGUUUCUCUUCUCAGCUACGUUUGCAGAUCCGAAAGUGUACGUCGGAGGCGAAGACUUAGACUUCUUCUCGCUCUCGUCCAUUUUCCUCACUCUCAACAUGAUGCCGAUCGUCUGGCUCGCCUUCACUAACGAUUCGAAGCUCUCCAAGUCUCUUAAACAAGUCAUCGCUGUCGUGGGUGCCUCUAAGAAAGUCACUACACUCAAAAGCAAGUUCAAAAACCUCGGCACUCUUGGAUUAAAACUCGCCAAUGCAAAAAGUGACCACCAAGCAGUAGAGCACGAAGAGCCAAAGACCAAGCGGGAGCGGAAAGAAUCACCUUUCGCUGCUAUCUUAGGCGAUCACUACACAGUGGAGCAGUCGCUUCCAGGCUUGGAGUACGCCGACAUCCUUAAAAGUGCGUUCGUGACGUCUGCCUCGACACGAAGACGCAUGAAUCGUCGAUGUUACUGGUCUGCGCUGGCCACACUCGUGGUGUACUGCAUUGUGGCGAGUGCGUGGACAGAGUACGGUACCCAAGCGGUCGGAAUCUCCAUAACACUCGUACUGGUGGAUCUGUGCGUGUACAUGUUACACAGAGGCAAGAGCGCCAACAACUGGUCUGCAGGCUACGUGGUGUUUCUUCUGAGCGCUGUGCGGGUGUGUCUUGCAGUCACAUGCGGCAGGUACUGGAUCCUAGGCCACGCCUUCCUGUACAUGGUGUUCGGCACUGCUCUUUGUCGUGAAAUUAUCGGUAGAAACCUGCCUCGCAUGAACAAACAAGAGGCUGGAGGUGUCACGUUCUUCGGCCACGAUCCGCAAAAGGAACGUCAGCAACAAUUGGAUGUAGGUACGACACCAGAGUUUGUGCUCGGGUUCUUGUCUUUCUUCUAUCUCUUUUUGUUGCUUGGCGUCGCCUUUGGUUCCGACGCAAACCAGACCGUCCACGUCCCUGUCUUAGGACAGGAGUGGCCGUUGUGGAUCUUUGGCGUGCUGGCGUUCAUAGUUGUUCUCUUCGUGGGUCUCUCGCUUGCUACUUCGAGAGCAUUUUUCCUUCAGAAGGAGCAGCUUCUGUCUGACUACGCUAUGCACGUGUACCUGUUCGUUCAACCAUUGCGACUGCCAUUUAUGCUGGCUGCAGCUUCAGAAGUGCUCGUUAUCUGCUCAGGUUUAUUCGUCUAUGCGUCGACACAGUCAACGUUCAUCCUCGUCUCGUCAUUCUUUGCGCCACUCAUUCUCAUGUUGUCACUCGCUGUGCAUGUGCAGUGGAAAAAGAACGACUAUCGACUCGUGGUUUGGCCCCCCGAGGACGAGGAAGAAGACGUGCUAGAUGACGACGAUGACGGCGGGUUUUUGGACGCAGAAGCAGCACUGGAGAAGGAAGCUGAACUCAUGCGCGAAAACUUUGUCUUGCCUCCUCUGAAAGGCAAAGGGAACAACCACGUCUUCGAUAAUGCCGAUGAGACGUUUAAGAUGCCCAAUUUGCCAUCAAAAAGCUUGCUGGGGCUUGUUGGCGGUAAAGCUGCAGGCGUCGUGAGUCCAACGAAAAAACUAGGCUUGACAAGCUUACCAACGACUCUUUCCAUUAAACCCGCAAAGACGUCCCGUUGUGCUAGACUGAGAGAUCUCAUGACUGGGAAAAUUGGAUGUCGUGCCUUCUUCUCGCGUAAAACGUGGUCGAAAAAGUAUCGAGAAGCUGAUAGUCACUCUCCAACGGGCAAGCCUCUACUCAAUCGAAAUGGUGUUGCUAAUGCUACACAGAACGAUGACGACGAGGAAGUUACAAGCCCUCUACUUAAUGAGAAUGCCGCGAAUAACGCUGUCUUGGCUCGUCGGAAAACGGUGGCAUUAGGCGGUGAUGGCGAUGUCGAUUUUGCAAAGAUGACGCUGUACCAGGCUUAUCAGCAAGGCUUUCUACUGCCACAAGACCACAUGACUAUCGGCUGCUUUUUGGCGUUGUUGUUCCUGAUCAUGCUUUACGGCAUGAUCCUCACAGCGACAGAGAAUCCGUCUUGGCUAGGACAAGUGAUCUGGACGGGAGCCUAUGUGUUGAUAUUCACACUAUCUCCAACGAUCAAGUUCUUCAAGACGGCUACAUUCACUCCUGACAUGAAAUACUGCUUCGGUGGGAGUGCUGGACUUGCUUGGAGUACCGGCUUUGUGUUAUUCUUCGCUGUGUUGAAAGCUGAUGUGAACCAGGUGGAAUCUCUCGUUAUUCUCUCGAUUCUGGUCUUCUACCCAAUCUUCUUGUUGUUUGCAGUCACGCUAGGCCGCUGGCAAGACGAAAACUGGAUCAUUACCCGGCCAAUUCGACGUAUUGGUGGGGCCUGCUUGCUCGCCAUUGUGCUCUGGAUCUUGGAAAUGUAUGUCUUUGUGAGUGUGGCUCUUGGUGGCGCCUUGACUUUUCUACUAGCCUUGUUCCUGUUCAUCACGUACUACGUGGUGAAAUGGGUCGAGAACGACCGAUAUCUCGCCCCCGUGUACCAACGACAAGCCAGCCUCAUCGUGCUUAGUGCCACCGUUGCUGCUAUCAUCGCGGCUCUGGCGAUAGGAAUGAGUUUCUUCUCGUGUCUCUCGAUCGUCUUCGUGGUGCUUCUGCUCAAAUAUUCACUUCAGUUUGUUGCUGGCUGGAUUGUGGCAAAGAGUACAGCUGACGAGUCGGUCUUCUACUCUCCUUAUCUAUUCCCUGUCUUCUCGUACAAUGCCUUCACCAACAACGUCGUGGACGAGACGCACAAUGUGCUUCCGCUCUACAUGGUCUUCCUGCUGGUUUUCUUGUGGGGCGUAGCUGGUGUCAUGUUCUUCGAUCCUCUCGGCUUUGGGGUCGGCUUGUGUAGUCUCGUGCUGCUAGCUUUUGCUGGCGUCACUGCACAUUUGUGUGCCGUCACACCUGUACAGAUGGGCAUCGCAGCAAAAUACGUGAACGAAAUGAUCCUCAAAGACGCCAGUGAAGCGGCCCAAGCUGUUGCGAACCAUCGUAGUCAGCCUUUUACUCUCGAGUCUCCUGAGUUCGUGGAGCAAGAGCGUCGAGAAAAGAAAGCUGAGCUCGAAUUCCAAGCCAUUGCGUAUGGUGGCGGUGCUGCCUCAGCGUUUGCAAGUCGGAAGAAAGGAACGAAAGCAGUGGAGAUCAAGAUCGAAGAAGAAGUUGUGAAAGUCGUGCCCAGACUCACAUGCGGGGACAUCGCUCUUAGUAUCGAGGAUGUAGAUCGCCAAUGUCGAUGCAUCACAACUACUCACGGCCUCGACGUGCCUCGACCUGAUGGACUUUUGUCUUGGAGAGAAGUCAAGGAGGAUAUUUUCCAGCGUGGUGCUGGUCCUUUUGGCUUCUUGUAUGCGUUCACUGUUCCUCCACGAGUAUUCCGAUUCUUACGGUGGAAAUACAUCCCGUCAACGCUCAAGUGGAGAAGGAAGACCGCAGGUGACACCCAAACCGAUGACCAAGCCGACAUCCUCGAACGUGGCGACAGCGCGCUUAGAGUUACCAAUCGGAUUGAUAGAACACCAGCAGCUCCACCACGUGAUCUUGUGGAGUUAUUACUGCAGUUACCUGAGUUAGAUGCAGCGUUAGACCGUGCCUUCUACGAAGAAACUCGAUGUGUGAUCCACCUGCAGCUGCUGAUGUUAACAGCGUCUGACGCUCGAUUGAGUCGAGAGAAGAUUCUGUUCCAGAAGUUUUUACGGGAAAAUCGCUUCAAGCUCAUGUCGAACGGUAUCAGUCCUCCAGCGAACGUCUUCCGUACGAGUUCCUUUGCGUCGAUUGAUAUCCCGUUGGUAGCUGUGUGGCUACUCUCGCUCACUCCAGAAUCUCGCGCCAGAUUCCAUGCACUCAAGGCAGCAUUCAACCAGGAAAUGGAGCGCACAGACACCAUCGUCGAUGCCGAGGAUCGUGCUGCUCUUGUCGCUCAAAAAGAGCUACGAGAGCACUGGGCGCCACGUGAAGCUGAGCAAUGUCGUCAACGGAUGCAAGAGUUCCUGGCUCGUCGACUACGUCGUGAAAGCGAAGGCAUCUUAACCGAGGAAGAAGAAAGCAACCACGGAUACGAUGAGGGACUCGUGAAUGCGAGAGAAGCGCUGCUGGAGAUCGAGUCGGGAUACUCGUGCGUUCCAGGCGAGUUUGGUCGAUCUCUACAGUUCGUGGAUCGAGAGUUUCCUCCAGACACAACCUCGCUCGCUGGAUGUUCACAUGAAACGGAGAUUGCACCACAAUGGAAAGUCUCGUCGGCUAUCAACAUUGCGUCAGGACUGUUUGACGGAGGCACAGACCCCGACGAUGUUCGUGUUGGUCGUCUGGAUGAUGCCUGGUUGCUGAGUGCACUGAGUAUUAUGGCAGCGUCAGGUGGCGUGGAUGAUGGCAAAGUAGACGAGCUUAUCGAUCGGUUGUUCGUGACCAAGCAGACUUCACUCACAGGAGCGUAUGCCCUGCGCCUCUACCAGAACUGCCAAUGGGAGACUGUCAUUGUUGACGACUAUUUCCCAGUGUUAUACGACUCGGCUGGCUUGGACGCAGGGGGUGACGCAGAGCUCUCGGUUAGUGCUGGCGCUGCAUUCGCGCACAGUCGCGACUUCGAGGAGCUGUGGGUGCCGCUGGUGGAGAAAGCGUUCGCGAAAUACUGCGGUGGAUAUGCAGCAUUGGAAGGUGGCUAUGUGCACCAUGCACUUCGCGUUCUAUCUGGCUGCGAGUGCGAUGAAGUAUACUUGGCACCGGCAGCACGAGGUGCAUUGAAGAAAACGCUGUGGCAGCAGUUGAAGUUGUUUCGCAAGAACCGGUUCCUGUUGGGUGCAGCCUCACUACCAAGUGAGCACGCAGACCCAGCACUACGUGCAUCCGGCUUGGUGUUUGAUGCCUGCUACGUGAUCUAUGACGUGCGCGAUGUGGAUGGCGCGCAACUCUUGCAACUGCGAAAUCCGCCAGGCGAUCACCAGGAAUGGAAAGGCGACUGGAGCGAUAGUUCGCGUCUUUGGACUCGUCGUCUGCGCAAGCGUCUGGGUGUGCGGAAGGGCGACGACGCUGGAGACGAUAACACCUUCUGGAUGAGCUUUGACGACUUCUGCCACGCCUUCCGAGCGCUCUACGUGUGCCGCUAUUAUGAUCCCGACAAGUGGGCCGUCAAUACGUUGGAUGCACGCUUCUCGCGCGAAGACGCUACCUCCAGUGGCCUGCCUACACGGCAUAACCCUGGGUGCACGGGACUAGACAACAACCCGCACUUUUCGCUGCGCGUUUCGCGUCCAACCGAGGUUAUCGUGACAGUCACGCAGGUCGACUCACAUGGCAUGGCACCGGUGACUGUGCUGCCGAUCGCUGUGUACAUUGUAGCUCAUCGAGACCAGAAAGAUCGAGCGCGACGUGUAACCGCUCUUAAUCAGGACAACGUCACAGCACAUAGCGGUGUCCCGGCUCGCAGGCGUGAAGUUCGAAUACAAGCCGAGCUGGCUGCUCGUACGUACACGUUGUUGGUGGCUGCGUACGUGAGCAGCAUGGAGGGUCCGUUCCGCGUGCACGUGCAGAGUAACUAUCCCGUGGAGCUCCAGCAGAUCUGGCCUGCAGCUUGGAAGACUGGUAAUGGCACAAUGGUUGCAGUACCCCACGGAACCCUGGUCGAGAGGAUUGCUGAGAAGAUGAAGCAGACCGUGACAGAGUCUGCUGCUGGCGCGAAGAUCAUGGCCAAGACGCACGAACUCGCUGAUAAGAUUGCAGCCGGUGCAGCUAUCGUAGACAACGUCAUGCGAGAUGAAGAGAGUAUUCUAGAAGAGCAACUCGCCAACCAACAGCAGGUCGAAUCGGACGAGGUCGAGCGCCAAGAGACCCGCCUGACUGGUAAGAAGAAGAAGAAGACGAAUUCUGAAGGUCUGCAGCCCAACCCGUGGAUAGAGCAAUGGGACGAAGGUGCUGGCAAGCCCUUCUACUUCAACAAACAGACCGGUGUGUCGUCCUGGGAGAAACCCGCAGACUUCUAG